AAAAGCCAGUACACAAUACAAAUCUGCAAACACAACAAAAUCAACAAAUCUCUGCAAAUUAGGGCUUUUUUCUUCACAAAUCCUUUGCAACCAAGACGAUGGAUCGCGAUGCUACUGCCGACGUCAACGCUCCUCACUCCAUGGGAACAACAAUCAUCGGAGUCACUUACAACGGCGGCGUAAUUCUCGGCGCCGAUUCACGAACCAGCACGGGGUUGUACGUGGCUAAUAGGGCGUCUGAUAAGAUCACUCAGUUGACGGAUAAUGUCUACAUCUGUCGCUCUGGAUCGGCUGCAGAUUCUCAAAUUGUCUCAGAUUAUGUUAGAUAUUUUCUUCAUCAGCACACGAUUCAGCUCGGUCAACCUGCUACUGUGAAAGUUGCUGCAAACCUUGUUAGACUUUUAGCUUACAAUAACAAGAAUAUGUUGCAAACCGGUAUAAUUGUUGGAGGCUGGGACAAAUACGAAGGUGGGAAAAUAUAUGGCAUCCCUCUUGGUGGAACAAUUCUUGAGCAACCAUUUGCAAUUGGAGGGUCUGGUUCCAGUUACUUAUACGGGUUCUUUGAUCAAGCAUGGAAGGAGGGCAUGACCAAGGAAGAAGCUGAGCAACUGGUGGUUAAGGCUGUUUCACUUGCCAUAGCACGAGAUGGUGCUAGUGGGGGUGUUGUUCGCACUGUUACGAUCAACUCAGAGGGGGUUACGAGAAACUUCUACCCAGGUGAUCAGCUUCCUUUGUGGCAUGAUGAGGUGGAGGCGCACAAUUCAUUGUUGGACAUCCUUAAUGCGUCAAACCCUGAGCCAAUGAGCACCUAGGUGGAAAUAUGGCACUCGGAUUCUCGCCUUGUAGUUCGAUUACAAAGUUUGUUUUUUCAUGGUCUUCUGUUUAAUGUUGCUUAUCACUUUAUGUAUUGUGAGGAUUAUUGAUCAUUCAACCUUUGGGUUUGAUUAGUUAAACAAGUACCUAUGUUUGAAGUGUUUCAGAAGAGAGAUUUGUUAGCA